AUGUCCACGAGGAAUAAUGCGAAGACGGAAAAGUCGAAUGAGAGCGGGGACACUAAAAAGAUCAUAGAUAAAUACAAUAGAGAUGACCCAGUGCAGACGAAGUAUUUGCCGGAUCGGGGCGAUUCAUCCGAUAAAAGAGAGAAGUCGAGAAUUUUAGAUCUAGCCGAGAGGAAGCGCAUUAGGGAGAGGUAUACCAUCAGAUUAAAAGCUGCAGACCAGAACGUCAAUACUAGUGUUGGAUCUAAGACAAUAUCGACCUGCGAAGAUACUACGAAAGACAAAAGCCAAACGCCGAGUAAAAUCGAUACGGAAUCGAUUUCAGCGAAGGGACUUUGCGAAAACGAUGAAUCGAUAAAAAAAGGGAGAUCCGUUAAAGUGCCAAUAACGAGCACGCUUAUAUCGGACAACGACCGAACUAGAAUAUACAAAGUGGUCAGGUUCAUCAAUCGGAAACCGCAAAAGGGCAGUAUCCAGAUCGAUUUGACGUCACGGGCGAAGAAGACGUCUAAGUACACGGAGACCGAGCGGCGGGAAGCGAAACGACCGCCCGAGAUUGCGUCAGGCGUCGAUAAAAAGCCGGAUAUAAAGAACAGUGGCAGCCGGAGACGGUUUAGGCGGAAGCAGGUCGCGUCGCCGGCGUCUUUGAGGAAGGCAAGCUUCUCACCGCCCACGGAGGUGGCGAAAUGGGCGCCAACUUGCCUCAAUCGCGAAACAAAACCGUAUUACGAAGCUUGGGUGAACACGAAACUGGCGGCCGUGUCGAGAGGUUGCGAUUUGAACGAUAGAGAAAGGACCAGGUUAAUGGAGACGUUUAGAAAGGCAUUGGAAUGCAGAAUCGAUAGCCCGGAAUUGGUUUAUGAAGAUUUAACGGACGAGAAAUUCACGGGACGAAUUAGAAUUAAAUGUAAAUAGGAUAUUUCGGAAUUGCCAUUUAAGUAUUUUUUUUUUUUUUUAUUGCUUGG